CUGGAAGGGUGUGUUUGCAUUUCAAAUCAUUGGCUUCUUGCCCACCUCUUUUCCUAAUAAGAAAGCAGGAGCUGCUGUUGAGGGGCAAAGGGGUCUUCUGAAUUGCAGUCGCAAGACAGGAAGAUCCUUGUUGCUGUCUCUUUAUCUGUUUCCAGCUAAAGGGGAGAAAGGAUGGUGGAGGCUUUCUGUGCUACCUGGAAGCUGACAGACAGUCAGAACUUUGAUGAGUACAUGAAGGCUCUAGGUGUGGGCUUUGCCACCAGGCAGGUGGGAAAUGUGACCAAACCAACUGUAAUUAUAAGUCAGGAAGGGGACAAAGUGGUGAUCAGGACUCAAAGCACAUUCAAGAACACAGAGAUUAGUUUUCAUCUGGGAGAAGAGUUUGAUGAAACCACUGCAGAUGACAGAAACUGUAAGUCUGUCAUUAGCCUGGAUGGAGACAAACUUGUUCAUGUACAGAAAUGGGAUGGCAAAGAAACAAAUUUUGUAAGAGAAAUUAAGGAUGGCAAAAUGGUUAUGACUCUUACUUUUGGGGAUGUGGUUGCUGUUCGCCACUAUGAGAAGGCAUAGAAAAGUUCCUGGUCUGGGGCUGGAGAAGCUCUUCAGUUUUUCUGUUUACUAAAGUCUCAGUGCUAUCGUGCUAUUACGUGAGCGGCUGAUCACCAAUUGGAAGGUUAUCUUUGGUGUGGAGGUGGAAAAAGGUGAUUUAGAAACGUUGUUAUUCCAAACUAGCCCAAUUUUGAUCGGCAAAUUUAUCACGUUUUACAAUUUGCUUUAAAAUGUUAAGACUUUGUUAUAUAAAGAAGCAAGUACAUUUUAUAAUGCCCUUUGGAAUGCAAAUCAAAUUGGAAUAAAAAUCUUACACAUGUGUAAA